AUGAAGUGUGUUGAGGCGGGAGUAAAUGUAAACAAAAAUUUACAGGACUUGCAUUAAAUGAGUGCUUCCUUAGAAUGUGAUGUGAAGCAAUGAUGGAAGCUGAGAUGUCCAUCCCUUGGCCCUCCAGCAUCCCACAGCUGAAGCAAAUGGACGAGUUGCUGAGGUGUGGUAUCUGCUACGAGUUAAUGGCAACAUCCAUGGUGACAGCUUGCUCUCAUAACUAUUGUUCACUCUGCAUUCGGCAGUAUUUGUCCUACAAAACACAAUGCCCUGCCUGCUUUCAAGAAACCACUACUCAACAUUUACGGAACAAUAGACUUGUGGAUGAGAUUAUCAGCUUGUUUUCAAUGUUAAGGGAUAAAGUGGCUUGCUUGAGUCAGGCAUCAAAGGGAGGUGUUAUUACUGGUUACUUGGAGAAGAAUGAUUCUGAGGUGAUUACUAAGGAAAAUUUUACUUCUGUUAGUAGCAGUAAAAAUAGUCAUGCCUCCAUUGCUACAAGUGCCACAACUCCCAAACGCAUGGGUAACACUGGACAGGACAGAAUAUCCUUGCAAAAAGAGUUUUCACCUAUGAAGAAUUUCCCAUUUUCCCCAAGGACUGACAAAGACAUCAGUGUCACACCCAAGAGAAGUUGGAAAAAAAUCUUAUCAGGCCAAGGCAGCACACCACUAAGAGGCAGCAGCAGCAGUGGGAGCACUUCCAAGAACCAGACCAACAUGAAGUCUCCCCUGGGUAGUUCAUCUGCAUCAUGGAUGUCCACUUCACAGUCACCUUCAGCUCAGAGUGCUUCUGGAUAUUUUUCUAUACUUACUCAUGGCACCAACGCUAGCAGUGAAGGUAGCAAUCAAGAUGGAAGUCGUGUUCCAUGCCCUGUAUGUGGUGUUGCAGUGUUAGAGAGAAAUAUAAACAUUCAUCUUGAUGCCUGUCUUCGACGCAUUGAGGAAGGAGAUGUUGUAGAAGUACAUGAACAGGUUCUGAAACGCAAACCUAUGGCAAAGUUGGUGUACUCUUUGUUGUCAGAGAAGCAGUUGCGUCAGAAGCUGAAAGAUAUUGGUUUACCAACUCAGGGCGAUAAACAAGCAUUGAUGAAUAGGCAUCGUAGAUUUGUAACACUUUAUAAUGCCGAGUGUGAUGUAUUGGAACCCCGUCCUGUUUCUGAGCUUCUGCGCCAGGUUGAACGUGAGGAGCGGGAGAAGACUCGGGUCUCCAGUUCUCAAAGUAUUUUCACAUAUGACAGGAAAACUGCUCCGGAAGUUAUUGAAAAAGAGCAACAAAAAUACAUAAAGGAAAACAGAGAUCACUUUGCUCAACUUAUUGCUGAUGUUCAAAGAAGGCAAACAGAUCAAAGAAAGAAGAGAGACUCAAAAGCAGCAGAUACAGUCGAGAAUGUAAAAGAAGCUAAUGAACAAAUAGUUGGUAAUUUAACUAGUAAGAACAUUGCCUUGAAAGAUAUACUUCUGGAUGAAAGUGAUAAUAUUAAAAGUGGAGUUACUGAAAGUGGUGAGGAACUAAAAUUGAGUACUAAUGAUGGAAAUGAAAAUAUAGUUCCCAUGAACACAAUUAGUACAAGACCCAAGAAAAAUAAUAAUUUGAUCAAUAGUAAAAGGUUAACUGAUAGAGGAAAUAGUGAUAAAGUAGAGAGGAAUGAAAUUUUAUGCACAGCUGAUCAGAGGAGAGAAAGCACUUGUGAUGUGGUGACAGUGCAAGAGAAGGAGGAAGUGAAAUAUUUAAGCUGUCUAACAGAAGAACAGUGUAUGAAGCCCACUCAAGUAAGUGAGCAGGUAAAACCUAGCCCGGAUAUGUUCCAGUGUAGCCCAAGUUCACCAUGUAGCAACGAGAGUGAGAGUCUGCUGCUUGACUGUGAACCUCUGUCUCCAGUGUAUCUCUCCAGUCUCCCAAGUAGACUGAAUGAGGAUAAUGAUGAAGAGACGAUACCUUCACAUCAACCCGAACCCUGUCAUGAGAAAGAUGUAGAGGAGCGAGGUAGGACAGCACCGAGCCCUGUGGUUGGGAGACAUUCCACUCGAAGCAAGAAAGCCACUUCUUGUCCUGAUCAGUCUGACCUCAUUGUUGACACUCAGCUGCUAAGUGCAGACUCUCAAGGGGAUCCAGAAUAUGUUCCCUCAAAAUUAUCACAAACCUUGGUAUGA